AUGGAUGAGCACAUGGGAAGACGAACAGUCGGCGGCCUCCUCUUCACCAAGGGAGGAUCAAUUCUUCUCUUCAGAGAAGAUGGUUCGCGCCCCAAAGGCAAGAACUGCUGCUCGCGCCAUGGCUGUAGUGGUCAGCAUUCUACUGACAAAGCCAAAGGCAAGGAGGUGCACAGGGUGGCGGCGCCCAAUGAAUCAACACCGGCUACCCCUGGGAGAUCACAGAUUUUUAGGAAGCCCAACAGAAAGCCUCCACAUGAAAGCAGUGCUUCAGGCAGCAUCAGCAGGGAUGCAGGAGUUUCUUGCAGCGAAACCGGCAGCAGGUCAAGAGACACUCCUGGGCGUGAUUUACUGGCUCGGCUUAAGGAGAGGGUGAACACAUCAAGGAAACGAUCGUUGAACAGGGAGAACAGCCCACAGUCGCCGAGUGGAUUCAGUGCUAGUUCCCCGAGCAAUAGUCGAUCGGUCUCAAGGAUGUCGCAUCGGGCAGCUUCGAGGAUAAGAAAAGCUGAUGAAGGUGCAGCAAAUGCAGGAGCUGACGGUGUGCAAAGAAAUGGUGCUGGAGAUGCUAGGAGGAGUUCAGAGAGGAGUGAAGAUGACUUGCUGCUAGUUGAGCAGGUAACAAGAAACCAUGUGCCUUCUGAACGGUUUCUUUCUGGAUUCAUGGCGAGAUACAGAAGCGGUCUUCAUGGAGAGCUUUCAUUUCUGGACGACAGCAUGGAGGACUCAAAUGGAUACUUGCGCUUUGAUGUGGGUGGAAUUGAAGAGCUUGAGAACUACUUCAUAUUCAAUGAUCGGCAUAGAGGAAUGAGGAUGGAUAUCGACGGCAUGUCCUACGAAGAAUUGCUUGCUUUGGGAGAGCGAAUUGGUACUGUAAACACAGGUCUUUCAGACUGUGCAUUGUCCACGUGCCUGAACAGGAGCCUCUACAUGCCCACAGCUUCAGGUUCUCAUGAAGAUUGUGAAAGAAAAUGCAGCAUAUGCCAGGCAAGUACAUUUGUACCAGAUUGUUCUGUAGCAGGAUAUUAG